GGCCUGUCGCCCUCAAUUAUCGUGAUAAUAAUUUCUCUAGCGUUAAUUGAUUAGCGAAGCAUUUUCUCCAACCACCAAUCACUUCAUAUAGUACAUAUGGGUGGUGAUGACAUCGAUUGUGAUGAGCCACCGGCUAAGAAGUCAUAUUCUAGGUGAUAACGAGUAGACAUACGUGAUUAUUCAGGGGAGUUUGAGUUGUGUACAGUAGAAAACAGGUUAUAUCGUCCACACUGACACAUUUCCAUCGCAAUUUGUCUCGGAGAACCUCAUGAGCUGGUAAUUAAUGGGGAACUGUUGAUACAGAUACGGAAGAUGCAGAAAACCCCAACCUCAGUCCUCCAGGAGAUGAUGGUGAAGAAGGGGGUUGUUCCCAAUUACGAGCUUAUACAUGAUGGCGGUGGAUCUCAUGAAAAUACGUUUACUUAUAAGGUGAUGUGCGAUGGAUUAUUUGCCGAAGGAACUGGACGAUGCAAAAAGGAUGCCAAGCAUACAGCUGCUGCCAACAUGCUGGACACUAUCGUCAAGCACCAGGGCUUGCUGUCACUGCCAGCGUCUCCAGCCAAAUUCCCCGUGAGGUCUCCUCCACUACGGCCGAAGCCUGAAUCAUACAUUCAGGAUCCCAAUGGUCCUUUUGUGAAUGCCAUUGGGGCCUUACGAGACUUAUGUGCUGACAACAAACUCGAGGAGCCGGUAUACAACACAGUGAGUGACGUUGGUCCACCGCAUGCUCGAAUAUUCACAAUACAAUGUGCAGUAGCCAGUUUCCGCGAGGAAGGCAUAUCAACGACCAAAAAACAGGCUAAACAUUUGGCUGCAAAAAAAAUGCUACAACGCAUAACCGAAGUUGCUGAUGAUGCCAGCAAGUCGAGUGUCAUAUUGCUCCUCAAGAGAGCUGGAACGCUGGACGAUGAGGUGAAUGCUGUCACUGAACAAGUUAAAAAACUGUACAACGAUCAGAAAGGAAUCACAGCCAUGAAGCUGAAUCUCGGUGCUAAAUUAUCAACUUUCCACUCCAAUUUAAAAACGAGUUAUUCCGAGUGUGCGAUCGAAUUUACAAUCGAGAAAUUAAAAGAAUUCACGGAUUUGUUUAAAGACUGCAGGAAAAGGGAGGAUUCCUUGGAGUUUGAAGAACUCAGAGUACAGUUUCAGGAGCUGUUGAGUCCUCUGAAUAUUGGAGUGUACCAGGGAGUCAUUAGUGAGAAUUUGCAAUUGCUGUCGUUGGAUACGACACCUGAAAUCAUUGAGAUUUGCUCGGGGAACGAAGACGCGUGGAAACUCCAGGUGCAAGUUUAUCUCAAAUUAAUCGAUCAUCUCAUCAUCUUAUUUUCGUAAAGCUUGAGUUUGCGAGAGCUAACAUUGUGAUGAAAUACUUUCUUUUGGCCAGAGGAAUUAAUGUUUAGACGUUGCGUGUUGUCGUUCGAAUGUUGGAUGACAUACUUCAACUGUUUUUGAUGUAAGGUUGCAACUUACAUUUUUCCCUCGGGAUUAUCUGUCAAUACUAGACAAAUAUGUGGGCUAAUGUUAUCGAAAAUUGUGUCAAUACCACAUCAUAUAUCAUGAAGGAUCACUUUCAUGGCUUUUGUUAUUUUGAUAAUUAAUAAAAAUAUUAUAAUUUCCUA